AUGGCAGCAAUGAUGACACGUUCUUCGUCAUCUCUUGCUCUUGUUUUACUUUGUCUUUACAUUAAUAUCUCUUUCUCAAACUCAAAGGUCCUUAAUAGUGGUUUUAGUGUGGAAAUGAUCCACCGCGACUCGUCAAGAUCACCACUGUAUCGUCACACAGAAACACCGUUCCAACGAGUUGCCAAUGCCAUGCGUCGUUCCAUCAACCGUGCGAAUCAUUUCAACAAAAAAAGUUUUGUUGCCUCCACAAACACAGCCGAAUCCACUGUAAAAGCAAGUCAAGGAGAAUACCUAAUGAGCUAUUCAGUUGGAACCCCACCAUUCGAAAUAUUGGGUGUUGUUGACACUGGUAGUGGCAUUACCUGGAUGCAAUGCCAACGCUGUGAAGACUGUUACGAACAAACCACUCCAAUAUUCGAUCCUUCAAAAUCAAAAACCUACAAAACCCUACCUUGCUCUUCCAACAUGUGUCAAUCAGUGAUAAGUACUCCAUCUUGCUCUUCGGACAAAAUUGGGUGUAAAUACACUAUUAAAUAUGGUGAUGGUUCACACUCACAAGGAGAUCUUAGCGUGGAAACCCUAACUUUAGGUUCCACCAAUGGUUCUUCUGUCCAAUUUCCUAACACCGUGAUAGGAUGCGGGCACAACAAUAAAGGAACCUUUCAAGGGGAAGGCUCUGGCGUAGUUGGCCUUGGAGGAGGACCCGUGUCUCUUAUAUCUCAAUUGAGUUCUUCAAUUGGUGGAAAAUUUUCCUAUUGUUUGGCACCAAUGUUUUCACAAUCUAACUCGUCUAGCAAACUCAAUUUUGGAGAUGCCGCUGUUGUUUCGGGGCUUGGCACUGUCUCAACCCCUCUAGUCUCAAAAACUGGAUCAGAAGUAUUUUACUACCUAAUCUUGGAAGCAUUCAGUGUUGGAGACAAAAGAAUAGAGUUUGUUGGAGGCUCCUCUUCUUCUGGAUCUAGUAAUGGAGAGGGAAACAUAAUAAUUGAUUCUGGUACUACACUCACUCUUUUGCCACAAGAAGAUUACUCGAAUUUGGAAUCAGCAGUAGCAGAUGCAAUUCAAGCAAAUCGUGUUAGCGAUCCAAGUAAUUUCUUGAGCCUAUGCUACCAAACUACACCAUCUGGUCAACUAGAUGUACCAGUGAUCACAGCACAUUUUAAAGGUGCAGAUGUUGAGUUGAACCCUAUCAGCACCUUUGUUCAAGUGGCUGAGGGAGUAGUAUGUUUUGCUUUCCAUUCAAGUGAAGUUGUUUCCAUCUUUGGGAACUUGGCACAGCUAAACCUCUUGGUUGGCUAUGACCUUAUGGAGCAAACAGUCUCCUUUAAGCCCACAGAUUGUACCCAGGAGUGA